GACGUUAAGCCGCCCACGCUCGAUGGAUUUAAGCAACAUGUCUAACAUGAAAUCAGCGCCGAAAAGCACCCAACGGAGGAGGAGGCCAUUCUAGAAGCCUUCCAACGGAUGAAACUUACCUCAUCUAAGCCUCAACCUCAGCCUAUAUCUACCACAGAACAAGGCCAUAAUAAAAGAAGCAGAAAAAGAUCGGCUUUUGAUUGGCCAGACGACCAGCAGAAUUCAGACACUUUAAAUACCAAAGAGAGCUUAAAUAAUAAAGGUCGCAAUAAGAAGAUUUGCUCUCCCAGUAGCUACCCCCCGCCCCCUAGCCCGACUAGGCGGGAGCGAGGUAGGCAGCAAGCCGAUAACAACUGGAGAGAGUUCGAUCGCGGUGCCAAAAGUUCAAGCACGCGUCAGCUCUGGAGUCCAAGCGGUGGCGGUCCCCAAAGGCCUUCUCAGCUCAAAACACAAACACUAAAGCCAACCCAGUAUAAAAUGGAGGAGCCCGAUCCGGAACCUGUCCCAGAUGCUGAUGUCGGGGCAGAUGAUUAUACCGAGGAUCCUUCUGUAUCUCAGCUGAUUCGGCAGCCUGAAACUAGGCCAAUAUCCCAAGAGCAGCUCGUUGCUGAAGUCAAGGGUAUAUAUGCAGGGCUUGUUAUGGUUGAAUCUAAGUGCAUUGAAGUUGAUAAUGGUCACUUACCCCAGCAGCUUAAUAACGAACAGUGGCAGGGACUUAUCGCCCUGCAUCGUACAUUACUUCAUGAGCAUCACGAUUUUUUCAUGGCCUGUCAGCAUCCAUCCGCUAGUCCGGCUCUUCGAAGACUAGCUUCCAAAUAUAAUAUGUCUGCGCGAAUGCGGUCACACAAUAUUCUGAAUCAGUUAACUCAAAAACUGCUGAACAGGCGAAUAUAUCAAGAAUACCCCCUUGCCGACUCGGUGGACAAACAAUAUUACGUAGCUGGGACGGUAAAUGGAAUGCUUAUAGAGGCACUUCCGGAUACUGGGGCAGACAAGUGCUUCAUAUCAUCGAAAUUAGCCUCUCGUCUUGGCCUUCUUCCUGUUCCUGGAACACAAGAGAAGAUAACACUUGCCAAUGAAAAAGUAGUUGAGUCUCCUGGGAUGGUACAAGUGCCGUGGGAAUUUACCAGGCAACGAGAGAAGCACAUGAUGAACUGCUGGAUACUCCCGGGAUGCAUUCGUGAUCUGGUUCUAGGAAGUUCGUUCUUACAAGCAACAAACACGCUUAAAAGAUUCCGCGAUCGCAUUAAAGUUAGGCUUAUUGGGGUGUUCAACCGGUUUUCGUUGAGUUUUCUAGGGGGCAAGAAGCAACGUUUGCGGGGGUAUAUCAACGGCCAUUUGACUGCGGCACUUCCGGAUACAGGCUCUGACGCCAUGUUUGUCAAUGGUGCAUUUGCCCGGAAGAUUGGGUUAGAUAUUGACUCUGAUGUCAGAAAUCUGGUUGAAGUCGAACUCGCUGAUGGAUCCACAACCAUGACGAGUGGCAUUGUACGAGAUGUACAGUGGAGAGUUGGUAAGACAACAGUGCAAUGCACCUUUCAUGUGCUUGAAGAUCUAUGCAUGGACGUUAUUUUAAGCAACAGCUAUUUGUUCAACAUGAACAUAUUCUCGGAGCAGGAGGAACACUUCUUCGACAUGGAUUCCAAAGAUCAUUUCGACGAUUAUUCUUCUUAUUUUUGCAGUCUCCGUCUGCUUAAGAACAAGAAUGUGGCUUCUCCCAAGGCAUUCAGUCCCGAGAUGACCCAACAUGAACUGGAACAAUUGGAAAAAUGGGAAAAAAUGGAAGAACUCUACAGACGAGAUGAAAGUCGCGACUGGAUAAUGGGUUUGCCUGAAGAGCAACAAGAAAAGGCUGUCCAAGACGAGAAAGCACGACAGCAGUGCUGGGAGGCUUCAAGAAAAGAACGUAAAGCAAAAUUGGCAGCAACAUCACAUACAGCCAAGGAGAAUGUUCGCAAUGAUACUGACCUGAUAAGUCGGUUAAAGAAGCGAUUCCGUAUAGGGACUCCUCUGAGGAAGUGAGCUAGGUGACAAUAAGCCCGAGAGCAUGGAAUGUCGCCCACGAGUACUGGCCCAAGUCCAUAAGAGAAGCAGAAUUAACACCAAGAUAGCUGGAGACUGUUAAACGAAAAGGUUUGGAAGAAGGGAUUCUUUUGGCUCACGCAUUGUUUUUCCGUACAUUAUGA